GGUCAAAGAGAAGACGUUUCAAGACAAAGGCGGGCAUCAGUGAGCAACGCACAAAAUAAAUCGACUCAAACAUCGGCUGAAGUAAAAUUGCUUGUCAAAGAAGAACUUCGUCUGCUGCAAAACCAAAUCUGUGCUAAAGAUGAAAAGCUCUGCCGCUCAGGACCAAAAGGGAACAGAGGACGACGUGGAAGACCUGGAACCCGAGGUAGACCAGGUUCCCAAGGUUCUCCUGGUAAACGUGGAUCAGUAGGACCUCAAGGGCCAAUGGGCGUAAAAGGGGAUCUCGGACUUCCGGGUGUACUUGGUCCCUUGGGGCCUCGAGGCCCCCCAGGUGAAAAAGGCGCAAAAGGUGAACCGGGCCACUCCAUCUCGGCUCCAUCUCUGCUACAGCGUCCUGUUGAAACCAUAGUGAACGAAAGUCAGACUGCCUUCUUAAAAUGUACAGCCGACGGUAAUCCAACACCACAAGUCACAUGGUCAAAGAUGAAUUCUUCGCUUCCAGUGGGACGUCACCUGGUAGAGUCCAGUGGUGCUCUAGUUUUGAAGGACGUUAGGCCUGGAGACGAGGGUUUGUACAACUGUCGAGCUGAGAAUUUGCUGGGAAGCGUCAACCAUUCAGCAAAACUGAUUGUUCAGUGUGAGCUGCCUUAUUUGAGUUGUCAUUAUUCUGUAACGAUUUGGGUCCUUCCGUAGCAGAAAUUCUAUAAAUUUUAGCUGGGGUUAGGACAGGUAGUUUGAUUUUUUUAAAGAGACAAAAACUGUUUCAUCUAGUAAGAGAAGCCAUUAAUUGAAUAUGUAAAAAUUGUGGGGGUUAGUUCGUGUCUCUUCGCUUCAUAUAUUUAGCAAAGAUGGAUAUUUUAGUCCCAUAGUAUGAAAAUAGUGAUGUCGAGAAUGCAAUUUCAGUUUUAUCUGCUGAAACAACGCUCAGCAGUAACUUACAGAAGGGUUUUUUGACACAAUUUCAGAUAGAUCAUUGCAACGAGCUCGUUUACACACUUAAAAAGGCAGUAGCUGUUAAGUGGAUCAACUGUUUGAGAAUUAAUGAUUUUCCAAGAAAAGCUUUGUUUUCUUUUAUAAAAUCACCUUUCUUUUCUUUUUUCUUUCAUUUUAUCCAGUUCAUCCUCGACUAUUUUGGUUAUCUAGUCGACUUAUGGCGGAAGAGGGGCAAAACGUAACAAUCUUCUACAACGCUUCUGGUCAGCCGCAGCCUAAGGUCACGUGGCUAAAAGCCGUUGGAACUUUGCAGAAAGGAAGAACCACCGUGGUGAAAGGAGCCUUGACAAUUUACAAAGUGACGAAAAGCGAUGGUGGAACAUACAUUUGCAAGGCUAAAAAUAUUCUCGGUUCAGUAUCUGUCGUGGCUCUACUAAUGAUAUUCUCCCCUUUGCGCUUCAAAGUCCGUCCUCCUCAAGAAGUGACUCCUGCUAGCUUUGGUUCAACUCUACGAUUGCCUUGUGUAGCCGAGAGUGAUUUGAGGCCGCGAAUUACCUGGGAAAGGGAUGGCAAGUUUUCACUUCCUGGGGAAUUUUUUGUUUUACAGAAUGGAACCCUUGUGAUUCAAAACAUUAAGAAUUCGUACCAAGGAUACUACUUCUGUAGAGCGACUAAUGCUGUGAAAACAAUAGAGGCUAAAGUCAAAAUUAAUAUCCCAGUUAGAGCUGCUUCCUGUUCUGAGAUAAGAAAAUAUGUCCGCAGUGGAAGCGGAAAUUACGUCAUUGAUCCUGAUGGCAAGGGUGGUCUGGCACCGUUUUCCGUUUAUUGCGACAUGAAUGAUAAGAAGGGAGUUGGCGUGACUGUCAUCAGUCACGACAGUGAGAGCAGGACACUUGUGGAUCCACAAAAGCGUCUUCGUGACAUUCAUUACCCAGGAGCGAGUCUUUCUCAGUUGGCUAGUCUCACCAGAAUCUCCUCCCACUGCGAGCAGUUUGUCAAGUACGAGUGUUAUCACUCGCGUUUGGAGUUUCAAAGUUCAGCUGCCUGGUGGAUCUCACGUGAUUCUACUAAGAUGAGGUACUGGGGCGGAGCAACACCUGGCAGUGGUAAGUGCGCAUGCGGGAUGACCAACUCAUGUGCAAUCCCCAGUGAUGCUUGCAACUGUGAUUCAAAUGACAAUGUAUGGCGCGAAGACAGUGGCCUCCUUACUGACAAGACAAAGCUUCCCGUAGUACAGCUCAGGUUUGGGGAUGUUAGCCGUUACGAAAAAGGUUAUCAUACUCUGGGAAAAUUAAAGUGUUAUGGCACAUCGUGA